CGUGCGAUAAAGCUCAAACUUCAGUCGUGUUUUCCACAAGUCGAGAUUUAAAUAGAUAUAAAUCCGAAGAUGUCUGCCACCAGGUAUCGUCGGUUUUUAAAGCUCUGCGAGGAAUGGCCACGGGACGAAUCUAAGAAAGGUCGUGAUUUGGGGACGUUUUUGCGGCAGAGGGUAGCUUCAGCUUUCCGUGAGGGCGAAAAUACACAGAUCUCAGAUCCAGAGAAGUGCGACCAGAUGUACGACAGUUUGGCCCGCAUUAACGGCAGCGUUUACAGACAGCGAUUCCCUCGUGUACGUGACACAAGCUUUACUGGAGUCACAGUGGAAGAGUGUAGAGUGCUUUUGUCAGGGAGCGUGCAACAGAUGGACGAUGAAAAAAAGGGUUUGUGGAAGUCGAUAAUGGAGAGAUUUUCCAAAUCACCAGAAGAGGUUCCUGAAAAAGCUCCUGAAAAAUAACUUUCCUCUGUAUUUUUCUUUUUUUCUGUUUUCUUUUCAUGUAUAGAAAUAAAGUUUAUUGA